UGACUCAUCCGGUAGAGGCUGCACUGUUUAAAGCCAGAUAAGAUCUCAUCGAGCUCAGUUUGGCUCAGGCUUUCCUCCCAGACAGGAGCUCUCGGUUCAGAUCAUUGGCGCCGUUUAUGCUGUAAUUGUGAGUGGAGCGUCUCUCAGAGCUAUGGCGCUUUCCCUUCGUAAGCUCUCCGCGGGAGAGGCCGCGCUCCUCCUCGCCGCUCUCCUCCACUCGCUCGCCGCCGUGCGCGCGGCGUCCCUCCGCCACCACCGGCUGCGCGAGCCUUCCGCGUACGCGUCCCCGAGCUCGGACAUGGUCAAGGCUCUGGAGUACAUCGAGAGCCUGAAGCGGCGCACAGACGGCGCCGCUGAGGCGCCCACGGGCGACUACGACGAGGUGGACAAGUUCCGUCUGCUCGUGCAGCUCGCCUCGCUCCGGGACGAGGACGCCGCCCGCUGGCCGGACGGCGGUGCGCCGCAGUGGGUGCGCGCGGCGCUCCGGGCGCUCGAGCAGCAGGCUGGUGAGGGUGAAGGAGCGGUGGGGGGCGAUCGGCGCGCGCACAAAAGCAGACGGCCACCGACGGCGACCGACGACGCGGAGGGUCUUGCAGGCGAAUACGGGGGCGUGGUGAGACCUCAUAAGAAGUACCCGCUCAUGUUCGAGGACGAGGAGAACGCGCGGGAGGACAAGCGAGCCACGGAGGACCUGGACGAGCAGUACACGGCGCAGAGCCUCGCCAACAUGCGCUCCCUGCUGGAGGAGCUCGGCAGGCUGCAGCACAAGCGGGACAGCGAGGACGACGGGGACCAGGACGACACGUACCGGCUACGGGACGUGGCGUACGAGGACGUGGCCGGCGGAGGCGAGGAGUGGGUGCCACUGGAGGAGCAGGUGGAGACAGAAGAGCUGGUGAAGGGCAGCCGCCAGGAGCUGGAGCGUGGAUUGGCGGACAGCAAUGAGGAGAGCGAGGUGGUGGCAGAGCCACAGCGACGCAGGGCUGGAGAGCGAGGGGAUGUGGAUGAGGGUGAUGAUAAUGAUGACGACACAAAGCUUGUGGACUAUUACCUGCUGAAGGUGCUGGAGAUGACUGAUCAGGCACGGAAACGGGACCUGCAGGCAGAGGGUAUAAGGAGACACCCACUGAGCUCAAGCUUGAACCUGAACCGACCCUCCUUGCUCGACCCUCGCGCCAUCAAGCAGUUGCUGUCAGCUGUGUCCAUGAAGCUCCAGGUUCCUCCUGAAGAUCUUGUGGGCUUGCUGUUCAUGGAGGAGACGAGGAAGCAGCAGCAGCAACGUCUGCCCGAGCCACAGCUGGCAAGGAAACCCACUCAGCAGCAGCAGCAGCCUCGAUACCGGAGUCGCGUGAUCAAGUACUACAGCGGGCGGCAGCCUGAGGUCACAGUGAGCGAAGGGCCCGUGGACAUCAAGACUGAAGAACUACUCAAGGCUCUCGGACUGGGCAACACAGCAAGCAAGAGUGCCAGGUACUUCACCAAGCCAAGACCGUACAAGACAGCCAUGUCCAGGUACUUCACACCAAGUGGACGGCGGGGCAGCCUUUUUGCUGCAUCGGACAUGAAUAGGGCUCCCAGCAAGAGGAAAGAUGAUUACGACGAUGCAGUCGAUGAAGACGAGGUGGCCACCUUCCUCGCGGCCAAACUACUGACAGAGUACCCGGACGAGGAGCACAAGAGGGCAGUGGACUCACGAUUCCCAUAUGAGGCGUACGAAGAGGCCAUGAAAGAUUACUUUGAGCAGGUGGACACAGGUAAGAGCACGCCAACUAAGAGAGACACACAGGGGAAGGAGGUGUUGGAGGAGGAAGAGGAGGAGGAAGUGCCUCAGAAGCCACCAACGGAGAACGGAGUGUCAGAGCAGGGUGACCAGCAGCCCCAGGAGCCUGUAUCUGAAGGGGAGAAAGAGCACCGUGGCAAACUAGUGGCUGGGAUGUAGUGGGUAAGAGGAAAAACCAACAUCUCCUCCCCAUCCCUCUGCCUGAGGGACAUGCCUAUACCCUCCUCAAACUUAACGUUUCAAGUGCUUUAGUUUUCAUGAAACUCUCUGAGAUGUAAAUAAUAUCAUAUUUAGACAUGCAAGAGUAAAUGGCGUAUCGUCUGCUAUGGGUUAGUGGUGUUUAUUCAUGUUACGUUUGUUAGUAUGAUGUCCUCUUAUCUAUUGAGCACUACGGAGCUUGGUAUGGUCCUAUCGUACAAGCUGUAUCACUAUUAGACAAAAAGGUGGAUGGUGGUACUCGUUUCUUAACCAUUUUUGUACGUGUUCUGAAGUGUAUGAUGACUCUGAGAUUAAUAAAGCAUUACCGUAUUAUUUUUC